UACAGAUUAAGCAUUCCUUGGAUUGUACUAUGUGUGAUUGGCUAUUGUUUGUCAGGUGGAAUUCUUUUGCUGGUCUUUUAUUGGAAGCCAGAGUGGAGCGUGUGGGGAAACUGUGUCCCAUCCUCUUUGGAGAAAGCUAAUGUGGUUUUACUUAGAACAACUGAUGAAAGAAAGAAAUACACCAGAAAGAAGGUACGCUGGAUAACGCUUGAUAAAUUUAAAGACGAAUUACAAAGUUCUGUCAUCUCUGACGAAAAUUCCGUUUUAAAUAAAGCCAUAAGAAGGCCAGAUCUUAAAGUUAAAUUUAUUAGAGUUCAGAAAAUUCAAUUUGUAUGAAACUAUGCUCAGAAAAGGUUUGAAAACAUUGGAACUCUGGAGGAAGAUCUCUCUUGUUAUAACAUGCACUUAUAUUAUGGAUCUGGCCUGGAGAAGGAGGAACGAGCCAUCAGGAGAUUAGUGUGUGGCAACAACACAAUUGAGGUGGAAGUUGCUCCAUUAUGGAAACUAUUUAUUUAUAAGGUGUUGGAUAUGGUGUACAUAUACCAGUUCUUUGCCAUUACCCUUAUGCUAGUUGAGGGAUAUCUUGGUUAUGCUGUAGCCAUUUUGGUUCUAUGUACCCUUAAUAUAACUUUAUCAAUUGUUGAACUCCGUAAGCUAUCUACAAAGCUCCACAAUCUGGUCAAAGCUCAUAACAACAUGAAAUGUACUGUCUAUGAAAGAAAUGGAGACUACAGCCAAGUUGAAUCUCGCCAUUUAGUUCCAGGGGAUGUUAUUGUUUUAACUGGCAAGAAUUUUUUUAUGUCAUGUGAUGCAAUUUUAAUCAAUGGGACAUGUGUUGUGAAUGAGGGAAUGUUAACAGGAGAAUCUAUCCCGGUAACAAAAACCCAGCUGCCACACCUAGAUAAAAUAAUGCCAUGGAAACAGUACAGCGGAGAAGAUUAUAAACGGCAUAUUCUGUUCUGUGGAACUGAAGUAAUACGGACUGAAUCCACUGCACAGGGCCCAGCCAAAGUUGUGGUUUUAAGGACAGGUUUUAAUACAACUAAAGGGGACAUGGUGAGAUCCAUAUUAUAUCCAAAACCAUUAAACUUUAAAUUACACAGAGAUGUAAGAUGGUUCUACAGAUUUCUGGCAUUUCUGGCCAUCAUUGGAAUCAUCUAUGCGGUUACAAUAUAUGUACAAAGAAAGGUACCUGCAGGGAGAAUUAUUGUGGAGGCCAUGGUUCUCAUAAUCUGUGCCGUAUCCCCAGUUAUUCCGGCUGCUUUGAUGGUUGGGAUUCUUUAUGCUAAAAGGAGACUAAGAAAGAAACGGAUAUACUGCGUCAGUCCAGACAGAAUCAAUAUGUGCGGCCAAAUCAAUCUUUUCUGCUUCGAUAAGACUGGAACUUUAACAGAAGAUGGCCUUGAUUUAAUGAGUGUGAUACCAUCUAAAAAUGCAUGCUUUCAGGAAAUGGUAACCCAUGAACAGAUUAAUGAUCUCUGUGGGGGACCACUAUUUGCUGCAAUGACAAGUUGUCAUUCUCUAAUCAUAGUGGAUGGAAAACUACAAGGCGAUCCAUUGGAUAUCAAGAUGUUUGAAGCUACUGGCUGGAUAGUAGAAGACACCUGCAAAGAUUGUGACGAAAACUCACCGCAGAAUAAAAUAGUACGACCUGGGCCAGACUUCAAGGGUGAUAUGGAGGACGGAAUGCAAAUAUUAUUCCAGUACCCAUUCUCCUCAGCUAUGAUGCGUAUGUCUGUCAUUACUACAGUCACAGGAAAGGAGGAAAUGAAUGUAUACAUGAAAGGUGCUCCGGAGACAGUGGCCAGCUUCUGUAAAGCAGACACGGUCCCAAAUGGAUUUAUAGAUGAACUGGAAUGCUACACAUUUCAAGGCUUGCGAGUGAUUGGAGUGGCUUUUAAGAAUCUCAAAAACAUAAGUCAGAAUGAAUUAGACAAUUUAGAAAGGGAAGAAGUUGAAUGUGACAUGGAAUUUCUUGGUUUGCUAAUUCUGGAAAAUCGUCUUAAACCUGAAACCAAGCCAGUUCUGGAGGUCCUGAACACAGCCAACAUCAGGACUGUAAUGAUUACAGGUGACAACAUACAAACAGCAACAACGGUUGCGAAAAAAUGUGGCAUGAUUCCUGAUGGUAGCAAAGUAAUCCUGGUGGAAGCUUGUGAACCUAAGGGCUGUUCUCCAGCAUCUCUCACCUGGAAACUUUUGGAGUAUCCCAUGGAUAAAAAAAACACAAAUGAUAUGUCCAUAAAUAUUGAAAACAUUCUGGAUGGUAAAGUGCAGAACAAUGAUUAUCACUUUUCAUUGAGUGGAAAGUCCUAUGAAAACCUGGAAAAAUACUUUUAUGACUUGUUACCAAAGAUACUGAUGAAUGGAACAGUAUAUGCACGAAUGUCUCCAGGUCAGAAGUCAACAAUUAUAGAUGAAUUUCGGAAACUUGAUUAUUAUGUGGGGAUGUGUGGUGAUGGAGCCAAUGACUGUGCAGCUUUGAAAAUGGCCAAUGCAGGGAUAUCUUUAUCUGAAGAAGAAGCAUCUGUAGCUGCACCUUUCACCUCUCAAGUUACCAAUAUUGCCUGUGUUCCAGAAUUACUCAAGGAAGGGCGGGCAGCUCUUGUCACAUCAUUCUGUAUGUUUAAAUACAUGGCUAUGUUUGGGUUAAUUGAAUAUACCAACACACUGCUGCUCUAUUGGCAACGAAACAUCUUUGGAAACAAUCAAUGGCUCAUUCAUGACUUUGCUAUUGUGUUUGCAAUAUUUUUUACAAUGAGUUCUACCCCUGCAUACCCGACACUGGCAAAGUACAGACCACCAGGACAGCUGAUUUCUCCAGCUAUGAUCUUUUCAGUCAUUUUCAAUGUGCUCUAUGGCAUAGCUUCACAGACAUAUGCAUUUCUUAUAGUUCAGCAGCAACCGUGGUACAACAGAGAUGACAUAUACAGUGCCUGUCAUCCUGGAAAUGAAAGUUCGAAUAGGAACCUUACCUAUGUGUUAAUUUAUGAAAGAAAAAAAAUUAACUAUGAAAGCUUUGAGGGUACAACGCUGUGGCUGAUAACAUCUGUGCACCUGGUGAUCCUAUCUUUUGUCUUCUCUAAGGGGAGGCCCUUCCGACAGCCAUUAUAUACCAACUAUUUUUUUGUGGCCAUAUUGAUUAUAGAAUUUACAUUUACCAUAUUCUUCAUAUUUGCUGACUUCAAAGACAUAUACAUUAUUUUGGAGCUUGUCUGUACACCCACCAGCUGGAGAAAACAUAUCAUAGUCCAAGUGGCUAUAAAUCUGGUAGUAACAUUCACAGUUGAGGAAUUUAUUCUGGAUAAUAGAGCCCUCUGGAUGGCCUUGAAGAAAUGUUUCAAUAUAAAGCCUGGGAGUAGGUAUAAAAUACUUCGGACAGUAUUGGAAGAGGACACAGAAUGGCCGCUGAUUGGAAAAACAAUAUAUGCUAAGAGCGAGAUGAUGAUGACAAAUGGACACAGUGAAGCCUACACUAAUCCAGCUUUCCAGCAAGAUGGUCUUUUCAAAUUAUAA